AAAGGUUAACACGUAGAUUCACGCAGGUGCAACUCGGUGGUGAUAGCUUUGGUUGGUAGUGACGACCAUCAGACCACCGGGGUUUAUUUUUGUAGCACGGAGUUUACGUAAAACAUAACCAUCUGACCGCCAAAUUGAUUUUACAGUAGCACAAGAUGCUACGACUCGUGUGUCUUCUGGCGGUAGCGGCAGUGGUUACCAACGCCUACCGCCGUGUAUGUUACCAUUCCAACUGGUCACAAUACAGAACAAUUCCUGGCAAAUUUUUACCCGAGAGUAUCGAUGCAAGUCUCUGCACACAUGUUAUAUAUGCAUUUGCAACUCUCAACGGCAAUCACCUGAAGGCCUUCGAAUGGAACGAUGAGAGCACUGCAUGGUCAAAAGGCAUGUACGAGAGAUUUAAUGCAAUGAAGACCCAGAACCCGUCUGUAAAAACUAUGCUAGCGGUAGGGGGCUGGAACAUGGGCUCCGCACCUUUCACCAGGAUCGCGGCCUCCGACGCAAGUCGUCAAGACUUCGCCACAGAUGCCGUGAAGUUCCUGAGAACACAUAACUUUGAUGGCCUUGAUUUCGACUGGGAGUAUCCAGCCAACAGAGGGAGCCCUCCCCAGGACAAACAAAACUUUGUCGCACUCGUUAAGAAAACACGUGAAACAUUUGACGCAGAAGCACAAACAAGUGGCAAACCGCGCCUCUUACUUUCAGCAGCUACGGGAGCGGGCAAGGACAAAAUUGCAUCAGCGUACGACUUCCCUCAGCUCAUCAAGUAUCUGGAUAUGAUCAACAUGAUGUCCUAUGACCUCCACGGUUCCUUCGAGGACAAAACCGGUCACAACAGUCCGCUAAAAGCGGGCCCAAUGGACGUGGGGGAUGACAUCUACCUGAAUGUGGAAUGGGCUGCCCAUGAGUAUGUGAGAAGAGGUGUACCGAAGAGUAUGCUUAACAUCGGAAUGCCUCUAUACGGUCGCUCCUUUACCCUGAAGGAUCGUAACAACAACGGUUUAAAUGCACCCGUUCGAGGAGGGGGAAACGCUGGCAGGUAUACGGGAGAGAAGGGUUUCCUGGCUUACUACGAGAUCUGUAAAAUGAUCCCCAGUUCUACGAAGCACAUAAUCCAGGGAGAAGAAGUUCCGUAUAUCGUCCAGGGAGACCAGUGGGUGGGAUAUGAUGACAAGGAAAGUCUCCGUAAAAAGGUCGAUUUCGUGAAACAAGAGCAGUUCGGUGGUGUUAUGGUUUGGGAUCUGGCUUUGGAUGAUUUCACUGGAUCAUGUGGAGAAGGCAAAUACCCGCUUUUGACCGAAAUUAAUAGAGAGUUAAGGUCCGGCUCACCAGCUCCAGUAACCAACCCAACAAACGCGCCUGCCACUACGCAAGCACCGGUUAACACUCAACCACCUGUAGUAACACAGGCACCUGUAGUAACCCAAGCACCGGUCAACACUCAACCACCUGUAGUAACCCAAGCACCUGUUGUAACCCAAGCACCGGUCAACACUCAACCACCUGUAGUAACUCAAGCACCUGCAACAAACGCCCCAGUCACCUCCGCGCCUGUCACAUCCGCACCCAACGCCCAUCAUACGGUAUCAACUACAAAUCACUUCAACUGUGCAUCCCAGAGUACCGGCUUUUACCCUAGUCCCGCUGACUGUUCAAAGUACUUCAUCUGUGCUGGUGGCGCAGCGUUUGAAGUGGCGUGUACAUCAGGUCUUCAGUUUAACCCUACUUCAUUAUUUUGUGAUUGGCCAAAAAAUGUUAAUUGCAAUAGUCGGCCAGCCUCGGUAGUGACAACGAUGUCGCCAAGUACAAAUGCACCAUCUACGAGCAAGCCGCUCCAAACCGCGCAACCGGCUGUCAACACCCCCCCGCCAACAAACGCACCGACGCCUUGGGUGCAGCCCACCAACGCACCUCAGACUGCGGCCCCUCAGACCAACGCGCCAGCAUCCAGUACAGCAGCACCAACUCAGGCUCCUCAGUGGACAAACCCUCCGCAUCAACCUCAGCCACCAGCAAACUUCUGCUCCGGAAAGACUGACGGUAUUCACUCUGACCCAAGCGACUGUGGCUUUUUCUAUGAGUGCGCCUCUGGUUUGGAGUUCCACGAACGCUGUUCCCCCGGAACCGUGUUCAACGACAAAUCCCUUAAUUGCGACUAUCCUCAACACGUGCCGAAAUGCGCGGGGUCUGGGAAAUAAACGCGACUACAUAUCGUCAUGUGUAUUUGACAGAACAAUUGUAAUUUAUUCAAUAAAAUGUCGAACAAA